AUGUAUCAGGAGUCGACACUGAUCAAGAUACAGGACAAAAAUGCUGUCCCGAAGUUCAGUAGCUUCAAGCUUUCUCCGGAUGCCUCGAAAGCUGAUCGAGAAACUGAAACCUCAGGUGUCCGCAGCUCGAGACAACAUUCCCAACGCCAUCACUCCCGUCCUCCUCAUGGAAGCCGAGGAUACAGAAAUCGUCGGGCUUCCCAAGGUAGAUCUCGCUCUCGUUCUCGCAAGGGUCAUGGCAAUCGUUCCCGAUCCCCUCAUGAAAUUCAUGAAAGGCGGGAAUACAGUCAUCGUCGUGCCUCUCAUGAAAGAUCUCGCUCCCGGUCUUUCAAGGAUCAUGGCUCUCACACUCGGUCUCCUCAUGAAACUCGGGAACACGACAAGCGUCGUGACUCUCGUGGGAGAUCUCGCUCCCGUUCCUUUCAGGGCUAUCGCCAUCAUUCGGCUCACAGGGACGAUGAAGCUAGAUAUGAGCUUGGUGCGAAUCCGACGCACAGCACGGCUAGCAGAACUGUCGGCGACGAAAGACUGAAAACAUCUGACACUCCAAAGCAUGGGAUUGACCACAGUGAAAAGUCAGAUACAUUCUCCAGUAGGGACUUCCUACUUGAGACCAAGGGAGAUCGCUCGGUUCUCAAGUAUGGCACUGCGCAUCGUUUUGACACCCCUACGUACACACGCUUUGGCUCUGGUCAAGUCUUGGGUUUGCCCGCGCAGAUGACCAUUGAACGGGACAUAUCGGAUAAAGACAUUGUUAUUGUCCGCGACAAAAAUCGAAAUCAGGAAGACAGCAGGAAUUCAUUGUCUUUGUCGCAACGCUCCCAGCAACCUUCGAGCCUUUUCAGAUUUCUUGACGAUCCCGCCUUCGCUUCAGAUGAGGGCCUAAUGGGCGAUUACAUUGCUUUCAGCCCCCAGGGGACGAAGGAGUAUGAACUUAAUGCAGAACUGAAAGCCGCCAAGGGUGGAGGCUCAUAUGAUUCUGACGAUGAGCGCCACGCCUAUCGCUCUAUUCUUGGCAAGGCCAAAGAUGAUGUGAGAGCUCCUGAGGGUAUGGAGUUUGCUAUCAGCCAGGAAAGCCAAGUGGAAAGCCUCCAAGUUGCUGCUGAAUCAAGAAAUCGGUCUCAGCAAGCAGAGUUGAGGCGCCAGCUCAGUUCCCACCCAGCAGACGUUGCGGCAUGGCUCAGACUUGUCAAGCUGCAGACGCUGAUCCAUGGCACUGCAGAUGACUCGCGUUCACCGACCGCCUCAGAAGAGAGGGCUGUCGCCGAUGUCAAGCUAGGCCUGCUUGAGGACGCGCUGAAAAAGUGUGGCACCACCGCGGGUACAGAUCUUCUGAGAAUGGAACUCCUGAAAGAAGGUAGCAAGCUAUGGGAUCGCCAGAGGCUUCUGAAUGCAUGGACAGUCGCGUUGCGAAGACAUCCCGAGUCGCAUCUUCUGGUACUAAACUAUCUGAACACCCGUCAGCACGACUUCCACGAGUUCUCUGUGGAUAACUACAAGUCAUUGAUCUUCAGCCAUAUGGAACAAGGCGCUGCAAAUCCGAAUUCUCCACGCCGAGAUGAACUCCAAUGCUACCUUCUUUUGCGGCUGUCUCUUGUGCUUAAAGAAGCUGACUAUACGGAGCUUGCCGUCGGACUGUGGCAAGCAACACUGGAGUUUGCCCUUUUUACUCCUCGUUCAAUCGAUGGGGUGGUGCAAGAUACACCUCUGGAGGCUUUUCUUCAUUUUUGGGAUUCCGAGGUUGCGCGUCUUGGAGAAUCCAAGGAAUCCGGCUGGCAAACAGGAAGACCGGUUCAAGUCGAGCGAGUUCGUGCUGAUGUUCAGGCUGACACGUCAUCUUCGCAACUUUUUCAUUCCUGGUCUCAAAAGGAGCAAAGUCUUGCGCGAGCUUUCACGUUGCCCGCAAGAAGUACAGAGGACUACGGGGCUGACGUUGACACGACUUUCUCGGUUGUGCUUUCAUCCGACAUCAGUCAAGUCUUGCCAUUCUUCUCUCUCCUGAGAGAGCCUAAGCUGCUUGUGGAUGCUUUUCUGUACUUUUGCGGCCUGCCACAUCUCACGGUCCCGGGCAAUUAUCACACGACGCGUUCAUGGAGUGGCGAUGGUUUCUUACAAAAUGGCCCUAGAAACCCAAUGCAGGCCGUGGUUCAUGACUGGGCGGUGGACUUGACUGACAGUAUGAAUCAGAAUCGCUUACCGUUGUCGUUCCCACACGUCAACUUCUUACAUAAUGCCGAUACCCUUCUUUCUCCUCGGAACUGGUUCUCCUCCAUGCGACCUUGGGUAAACGCCGAGGACGGCACAUCCAUUCCUAAAAAGAGCUGGGUACGGCAAACGUUGCGGCAAUUGGUCGAGCGAUUCGAUAAAGACACUGAAUUGGCCGAAUAUACGCUCGCCGUUGAGUUCCUUUGCAGCCGGGAAACAGCCAGAAAUUAUGCUAAGCGUCUUCUGCGAGCUCGUCCCUCGAAUCUACGACUUUACAAUAUGUUUGCUCUAAUGCAAUGGCGGUCGGGCUCUGCUGACCGCGCAGUCCUGACCUGGUCAUCGGCUAUCAAGGAACGCAGGUCUUUCGCGAACACGGAGGAGUAUGAUGACAGUGUGCUAUUGUGGAACACGUGGGCCUCGGAGUUGCUUUAUGAGGGUGAUCAAGCCAGGUCCCUGCAUCUGCUCUAUGCCAUGGCGCAAGAUGAGCUUGAGAUGGCAGCGUAUCACGCAGUUUCUGCACUGCCUGAGUACAAUGCAAUGGUGCAGCUCAGACUAGAGAGAUUCUGCCUUCAACUCUGCGAACGCGCUUUGGCUCAAGGUCGAGCAAGGGUGUUCGUGGCUUGUGCCGACUCUCUUGCCCUUUCCCGGUACAUCUCGAAAAGGUCUCUCGAGUCUGCUCUUGAGGCCUACUAUUCGGCUAUCACGCAGGCUAGCAAUGCUCGAUUGGAUCCAUUGAAUUUCAAGGCUUUCGCUCUCGAGCUGCUGCACCAGUCGCUAGUCAAGCUUAUGUUCUUCCAUAUGAAUCAGAAGGGGUGUCACGUCAAUGUGCAUCUUGCUCAAUCGGUCUUCAAGGAGAUUGUCACAACGUUUCCCCAUAACACGAUGUUUUUGUCAUUGUUUCUGUGGAACGAGUCACGCCUUCCGAUUACGCAUCGAGUCGCCGACCCAAUGGGUUUCGUGAAGGCUGGCGCCGAGGAUCGCUACAUCAAGCAAGCUCUGUCCGAUUCACCACCCGCCGUUCCCUUGAGAACAGAUGUGACGCUUGACUUGCUCUCUGUUCAUACAGCUCUCUGGCGUUUCUCAUCUCUGGGUGGCUCAAUCCAUGCAGUACGAGCGGCGUUCGAAAAGUCCUUACAUGAUCAGGCGGGUUCGCCGUAUCAUCGUCAUGGUACGUUGGAUAACCAGCCGCCCGACGUGGCGGGCGCACAUUCCAGCAUCGCCAUGUGGAGGCUCUACCUUCUCUUCGAGCUUGAUGGGGCCAAGGACAAGAAGGCCGCCAAGAACGUCCUCUACCGGGCUAUUCGCGCCUGUCCCUGGUCGAAAGAGCUAGUGAUGCUUGGCAUCGAGCGUCUCGGAAACACUUCUGCAAUGGACUCGGUUGGCCUGUCAUUCGACGAAAUGCGUGAGCUUUAUAACCUCCUGGCUGAAAAGCAAUUGCGCAUCAGAACGGACUUGACCGAAAGACUGGCACAAUGGGAUGAGCAGGCGGCAAAAAUCAAGAGGGAGGCUAAUGCAUGGUUUGAUGCGCUGCUGGAGGAGUUGAACGGGUUCGAAACAGGGACGAAUUAG